GAUCUAUCUUAGGUAUGUGCACGGUCAAUUCGAGUGCACUAACUGGUUUUGGCUCAGAACCUCGUUCUCGCGUAAAGUGCUUUCGUCGCGUCUCACCGCGUCCCACCUAAUGCCCCUCCAUGAACGAUUGACGGCUCCCAAUAUUACGGGUCGCGCAAGAAACAAGCCUCGAUAUCCGUCCUCAGAACUGGCAUGAGGAUCGAAAUUGACGCAAUGGCCGACGAGACGCUUGCAGAGCUGAACCAGCGGUUCGGCUCGGGAACCAAGGACCUGGAGCCCGAUGUCGUGGCCGAGCUCAAGUCCAUCAUGCGCCUGCACCAGCUGUCGGUGCAGGAUCUGUUCUUCAAGUGGGAGUCGUACGGCAUGAAGAUGGGAAUGGACGACUUUGUUGCCUCGAUCGACAAUCUCCGCGCAUUCAAGCAGAACCUCCAGGACGAGCUGGAACGGAGCAACCGGUCGCAACAAAUCAAAACCGAGAAACGCGCCGGCGCGACCCCGCGGGCGGGCAAGGGCGGCGAUGUAUUUGGGAUGCUAGAUGGCCUCGCAACUCCCGGAGCAAGGCGGAUUGCCAAGGCUGCGAGGAGAACACCUGCCGUCUCGCGGGUCAAGGCUGAACCGACGAGCUCACCGCUAAAAGUGGAAGAGCAACCCAACGUAGUGGGCGCAAUCCCCCCAUCGUCCUUCAAGGAAAGACCGAACGCCGGCGAAGUGCUCGAAGUCCUCAACGAGCACUUAGAGGCUGCUGAGCCGCCCAUUUCCCCGUUCAGCGAAUCCCGCAUCAAGCUCACCGCCGCGUCAGACCAGAAGAAGCUCGGGUACAAAACUCUUGCUAUGAAGACGUCCGAGGCAUCCGAAAUCCUAGACGACCGGAUAGACCAGUUCGUUAGUGCGGUGAUGGAGCACCACAAGCUCGAGGAAUCAGCUUUCGGAAGUCCGGCCAGCCAAGGGACCACGGAGAUCGUCGCCGUUGGCCGGAUUGCAUCAGAUUCGCCGGAAGGCAAGCUAAACGCAGCCUCUCUGGUAUUAGAGACGUCAAGGAGGAUGGGCAAUGGGCUGCGCGUGCCCCUGAAGCUGGACAAGCUCAAGGGCUACCAAUUCUUCCCCGGCCAGAUCGUCGCUCUUAGGGGUAUCAACACCUCCGGGCGCGAAUUCACCGUCUACAAAAGCCUCGCCAUCCCCCUUCUUCCCAACGCCGCCUCGCCCCCCGACGCUCUCUCCGCCCACAUCUCUCGACUCCGCGGCGGGCCUGACGCGAUGGACGCCGACACCGACCCCCCCCCGCUCAACAUCCUCUUUGCCUCCGGGCCCUACACAGCCGACGACAACCUCGACUUCGAGCCCCUGCACACCAUCUGCAGCGAAGCAGCCGACACAUACGCCGACGCGCUGGUGCUCGCAGGGCCCUUCAUCGACAUGGAACACCCGCUCAUCGCGUCGGGGGACUUCGACCUACCCGCUGAGGCGAGCUACGACUCGGACACGGCCACCAUGACGACCGUGUUCAAGUACUUCAUCUCGCCCGCGCUCAACCGGCUGGUCAGCCUCAAUCCAACGGUCACCAUCCUGCUGGUCCCCUCGGUGCGCGACGUGAUUGACAAGCACGUCGCCUGGCCGCAGGACGCCUUCCCGCGCCGCGAGCUGGGCCUGCCCAAGACGGCCAAGAUCGUCGGCAACCCCAUGACGCUGAGCAUCAACGAGAUGGUGGUGGCCAUCAGCUCUCAGGACGCCCUGUGGGAGUUGAGGCAUGAGGAGCUCAUCGGCGGUGCCCGCUCGGCCGACGCCCUGUCGCGCGUGAGCCGGUACCUGAUCGAGCAGCGGCACUACUUCCCGCUGUUUCCGUCGACGGAUAGGAGGAAGCUGCCCAAGACGGGCACAGCAGGGGUAGCCGAUGGCGGUGAAGGAGGCAUACCGCCUGGCGCGAUGCUCGAUGUGAGUUAUCUGAAGCUGGGCGAGAUGGUGAAUGUGCGGCCGGAUGUGCUUGUUGUGCCGAGUGCGUUGCCGCCGUUUGCGAAGGUCGUGGAGAGUGUGGUUGUCAUCAACCCCGGCUAUUUAUCAAAGCGAAAAGCUGCCGGUACAUACGCCAGGAUGACGCUCUAUCCCCAGUCUCAGAAGGAUAUUGCGAGUGGUGGCAUGGUCGCCCAUAGGAUAUUUGACAGGGCGAGGGUAGAGAUUACGAGAAUCUGAUCGAACGUUGUUGCAAUAUAAAUUAUUCAUGACCACGGUAUGGCCCGGCUAUUGAGGGAUGCGCAUCUAAACCGACAGG